CAGAAAGCAGGAUGGCUUCUGUAAAUCCGGGACUGUCCCUGGAAAACAGGGAGACUUGGAGGGUCUGCGAAACGUUUCCCUCGAGCAUGCCAAGAGCGCCUUUCCCGCCCUCGCAUGCCUUAGGCGCCCUCUUCUCUGGGAUUAAGAAAGCCCGAGCUCCAGGCUUCUAAUUUUAGAAAUUAAACCGGGAGCGGGCGGAGUGGAGGCGGUGGAGGAAGCGGAGGCGGUGGCGGCCCGACGGGGACGCACAGACGGGCGGAGGUGGCUGCUUGCUCUGCGGCCGCCAGAGGGCUCUUGCGGCGGCUGCUCGGCUCUCCUCGUCGGCUCAGGCUUGGGUUGCGCUUCCUAGGUCAGGGUCUGCAGCUGCUUCCUCCAUUGCGAGCCCGGAGAAGUCGGUGCGCCUUUUGGAGAGGGAAGGCGCCUUUUGCGCACGCCGCGCUCCGGAGAAGGCACCCGGGGACCCCCAGAGCCGCGCCUGGUGGGCGCUGGGGGGUGACCCCCCUACCCGUGCGGUGGAGGCAAGCCGGGGAGCCUCUCUCCGAGGGGGCUCCCGCGCGUGUGACCCCCGAAGGCGACGCGGUUUGUUGCUGCCACUCCGCACCCCCUUUGAUUUGGACACCCAAGGAAGGAGAAUCUCCCACUGGCAGGUACAGGGAGCCACGCAGAGGAGGAUACAGUGCCAUGGAAGGUGGUUUGCAAAGCCCGUUCCUCUGAAAGCCCCGCAAGAUGCUGACCCCCAAUCCUGAGUGCAGCCAGCCCCGCGAGAGCAACAGAAAGACUAGAGGAGGGGAAGAGGCGAUGCCUCGCGCCCGCCCCGUCGCAAAAGCCGUCCAAGGCAUCCGCAAACGCAAGGACUUUGUGGUGUGCCAGCAGGGCGCUCCGGCGGAGGAGAAGCCCAACAUCUGCAUCGAGUGCGGGAAGACCUUCAGCCAGAACUCCAGCCUGGUCAACCACCGGCGCACGCACUCCGACGAGAAGCCGUACAAAUGCCCCGACUGCGGGAAAAGCUUCGGGGUGAGCUCCAGCCUCAACCGGCACCAGCGGAUCCACACGGGGGAGAAGCCCUACAAGUGCGGCGAGUGCGGCAAGCGGUUCAACGACAAGUCCAACCUGACGCAGCACCAGCGCAUCCACACGGGCGAGAAGCCCUACAAAUGCAUCGACUGCGGCAAGAGCUUCAGCCGCAGCUCCCACAAGAAGCACCACCUGCGCCACCCGCCGGGGAAGAAGCUGGGCAAGGGGGGCGCCGCUGCCCAGGCGGACGGGGCCUGCGCAGCCAGUGCCAAGCCCAAGCCCAGGAGGAAGGUGGAGGUGCUGAAUACCUGCACAGAGUGCUGGCAGAGCUUCAGCCAGAACGCCGACCUCAUCAAGCACAUGCGCAUCCACACCGGCGAGAAGCCCUACCAGUGCAGCGUCUGCGAGAAGAGCUUCAGCGUCAGCUCCAACCUCUUCCGCCACCAGCGGAUCCACACGGGCGAGAAGCCCUACGUGUGCUCCAGCUGUGGGAAGAGGUUCACCGACAAGUCCACCCUGGUGCAGCACCAAAGGAUCCACACCGGGGAGAAACCGUACGCCUGUCGCUUCUGCGGCAAGAGCUUCAGCCACAGCUCUCACCACAAGAGACACGAGAAGAUCCACAAGGCGGACUACCCCAUACUGGCCUACUCGGCCCCGCUGAGCUAGCAGGUUGCCGCAGGGCAGAGCUUUCUGAACCGCACGUUCAGUGUGUUGGCUGCAGUGCGCAGGUGUGUUGCUGCGAACGCUCCUCCUGGGAACGGAAAUCAGGUCCGUUUAACUUCCGGUUUGCUAGUGGAACUGAAUUGCCGUGUCGCGAAAUGAUGCCUGUCUGGAAAGCGUGUCACCGACGUGGAAAGUUUGGAAAGCUUUGUCGUACUGGGAAAAAUGGGGUUUCUCUGCUGGGGAGUCUUUUUCAUAAGCACACAAGCCCCUUUGGAAGCUAGCGGGCGAAAAAGUCUGGUGGGGUGGGAAUGGGACGGAAGGGGAGGGAAACCUGCUGGAUAUCUCACCAAUUGCCAGCUUACCAGCACAUCAGCUGGUGAUUUUUGGAUCAAUUCCGCUUCUUGAGAUCUAGAUACAGUACAGUGGUACCUUAGGUUACAUAUGCUUCAGGUUACAUACGCUUCAGGUUGCAGACUCCGCUAACCCAGAAA